AGGCAGAGCCACUGGAGGAGCAGAGAGGCCAAACCAGAGACCAACAGCUCCCACGCGGAAACUUGAAUCCUCUCGCUGCAACAUGAAGGUCUCCGCUGCCCUCCUGUGCCUGCUACUCACAGUAGCUGCCUUCAGCACCGAGGUGCUCGCUCAGCCAGAUGCAAUUAACUCCCAAGUCGCCUGCUGCUAUACAUUCAACAGUAAGAAGAUCUCCAUGCAGAGGCUGAUGAACUACAGAAGAGUCACCAGCAGCAAGUGUCCCAAAGAGGCUGUGAUUUUCAAGACCGUCCUGGGCAAGGAGUUAUGUGCAGACCCCAAGCAGAAAUGGGUCCAGGACUCCAUAAACUAUCUCAACAAGAAAAACCAAACUCCGAAGCCUUGAGCACUCACUCCACAACCCAAGAAUCUAAAGACAAUUUGUGUUCUUCUGGCUUUCCCUAACUGCCCUCUGAUAUUACCUUAUUAUAAUUUUAAAGAGUAUGAACUUUAUUGAUGUGAAACAUGAUGCCUUAAGUAAUGUUAAUCUUAUUUAAGUUAUUGAUGCUUUAAGUUUAUCUUCCAUGACUACUAGUGUUUUUUGUUUUUUUGGUUGUUCGUUUGUUUUCAUGGAGAUUUGGGCAAAUUGCUUUCCUCUGUGAAUCUCAGUUCUAUCCCUGGGAUGGUGGACGUGUCCUCGCAAGAAUGAUUAAUGCAAGAACUUUUGGUUUUAUAGUCUAAGUCAUUGUUAAAACUGUUAUUGUGGAAAUAUAUAUUAUGUAACUAUUGAAAAAAUACAUAUAUAUAUAUUUUUGUACAAAA